AUGGUCGAAAAUGGAAUGUCUAAGAAAAAAGCUGCACAAACUUUUGGGAUUCCACGCACCACACUUCUCGACAAACUGUCUGGGAGAACAUCUGUUAGUGCAACACCUGGUCGCACAACUGUACUCACAAAGGCAGAAGAGCAAGUGUUGGUCGAUUACUGCAAGCACUGUGCGAAAAUCGGUUACCCACUUAAACGAUAUGAACUUUGCCUAGAAAUCAAGAAAGUCCUCGAUAACGACGGUCGAUCUAACCCUUUUAAGAACAAUCUGCCCGGAAAAGAUUGGUACAGCGGGUUCAUGAAGCGCCACCCUGAUAUUUCCGAGCGAACAGCGUCUACUCUUGGUCACCAACGAGCUAUUGUGAACCAAGCGAUGAUUGCCAAUUGGUUUCAAAACUUAACCACCUACCUUAAAACCGAAGUAGAUGAUUGGGAACGUCUUGUCGGUGAUCCUAAGAGGUUCUUCAAUGCAGACGAGAGCGGUUUCCCCUUGUGCGUAAACACGGGCAAAGUACUUGCAGAAAAGGGAGUACGACAUGUGUACCAGGUAACAAGCAGCAACAAACAACAAAUCACUGUCAUGGCUUGCUUCAAUGCUUGUGGAGAUUAUGUUCCACCGUUGAUUGUAUAUCCGGGUCAGCGAUACUGUGAUACGGGCAUAGGUGAGUUCCCAGACGCCAUAUACGGCAUGUCAGAUAAUGGCUGGAUGGAUAGCCAGCUGUUUUUAUCCUUUUUGCACCAUCUGGAUGUCUUCAUUGGUCAAAAGCAGAUACAAAGGCCCGUGAUAUUGUUUGUAGAUGGGCAUUCCACACACAUGAGUCUUGACGCGGCGCAGUUCUGCUAUGAUCAUCAGAUCAUACUCUACUGCCUGCUUGAAAAUGCCACUCACGUCCUACAGCCCUGUGAUGUUGGCUUCUUUGGUCCAUUAAAAUCGGCCUGGAAACGACAAGUGAAAAGCUGGCACACUGAACAUCUUGGUCAAACUUUCACCAAGAAACAGUUUCCUGGUGUAUUUCGCAAAUGUUGGGAAGAUGUUUCCAAGAUAGAAAAUGCCAUACAUGGUUUUAAGCGAUGCGGAUUAUUUCCACUGAAUCCCGAAAAUAUUGACCAAUCCAAGCUUCAUCCCUCAGAAAUACAUGUAUCUGUUGGUUCGCGUGGUGACGAAGGCUCUUCAAAAGAGAAGCACUGCAGCGCUCCUUCAGAAAAUGGUGACCAGCCUGUAAGCGCUACUAAUGCAAGCGCCGAGACUCUGACAAAAAGUUCCGCAUCUUUACCCGGUACUGUUGGAGCUUCGCCGGUGACAAGUGCUGCACAUACGCUUCCAAUCCAAAGCCAACAACAGAAUGAGGGAUCCGUCAGGGUUGUACAAACUGGCCGGGAACAUCAGGUAUCCGAGUCAUUUGCUCUUCUUCGAGUACCAGAGCUAACCCCCAAAAACCCUGUCAAAAGACUUCGCAGCAAGCUCCCAAAAGCGCUUUCCGGGCAAGCGGCAUUGCAGAUGCUGAAAGACCGCGAGAUUGAAAAAGUUGCUCAAGAAGAUGCUAAGAGAAAGAGAAAAGAAGAAAGAGAGCAGCGCAAGAAAGAUAAAGAGGAGGAAAAAGAACGGAAACGUAAGAUCCGCGAAGAAGAGAAGCAAAAGAAACAGGAGGCAAGGCGUCUUAAAGAGAUUGUUAAUGCGCAGAGGAAAAGGCGUGCUGACUCAACUUCUUCGUCUGACUCCGAAAGAGAUGUCCACUUUGUUGAGAGCGACGACAAUUUAAAUGAUGAUGCUCAGUGCCCAGGAUGUGAUACUGAUGACGGUGAUCCCAGUGAAUGGGUUGCAUGCACGAAAUGCCCGAGAAAGUGGCACAUCUCGUGCACUGGAGAUGCCAUCCUGUGUGAAAUCCCAACCGAGCAGAUCGCGCAAUAUCCAUUCAUAUGCGAAUUAUGCAUGUGA